AUGAUAAAUGAAUGAACAAAAUAAUGACUUAAUAGCAAAAUAAAAUCGCAGGUGCGGCCUCUCACCUGUGCUCCGGUUGGGCACAGGGCUACCACCCACGAGAGGCUGUAUAUUGAUUACCCAUAUCUAGGCCUGCAGACUACAAGUCCCAGAAGGCCUCCUGUCGCACAUCUCUACACGCCCCGCCCCCUCCCCGGUGGCGGGGCGGGACCGGAGGGCGGGGCCCGAGGCAGCUAGACCCCGGGCGCAGCCUAGGGAGUGAACAGCCCCGGGCGCUCUGGGGCGCACAAAGCGCAGGCGCAGCGGGUUGGGAGGCCGCAGCACCAAGUAGCGGCCGUUUUGGCAGCAGCGUCGCAACAGGUGUAGACAGGUUCCGCCUGACUCUGCCCUGGAAAGUCCUUUUGAGGAAAUGGCCCUGGUGAGGGGCGGCUGGCUGUGGAGACAGAGCUCCAUCCUCCGCCGCUGGAAGCGGAAUUGGUUUGCCCUGUGGCUGGAUGGAACCCUGGGCUACUACCAAGAUGAGACUGCACAGGAUGAGGAGGACCGCGUGCUCAUCCGCUUCAACGUCCGAGACAUAAAGAUAGGCCAAGAGUGCCACGAUGUGCAGCCCCCAGAGGGCAGAAGCCGAGAUGGCCUGCUGAUCGUGAACCUACGAGAGGGUGGCCGCCUGUACCUGUGUGCAGAGACCCAGGAUGAUGCCAUAGCAUGGAAGACGGCACUGCUGGAGGCGAACUCCACCCCGGUGCGCAUCUACAGCCCAUACCAGAACUACUAUGGGGUGGUGCCCCCCAACGGUCACGAGGCCACAUAUGUCCGCAGCUACUAUGGACCGACCUAUGGCCCCGGCGUGACGCACGUAGUGGUCCGGGAGGAUCCUUGCUACAGCGCGGGCGCCCCCCUGGCCAUGAGCAUGCUUGCGGGAGCCGCCACAGGUGCAGCACUCGGCUCGCUCAUGUGGUCGCCCUGCUGGUUCUGAGCCCUGGACCCUGCGCGUAGACCAGAAAGACCCCUUUCCUGCUUGGUCCCACCCUCCACCAUCCAAACCCUGUCCCACUUGGCCCCUUAGUUUCCAUUAGCCCCUUCUGGGCUCGGAUCGUUCCUCCCACUCCCCACCCUCACCCUGCACAUCAGAAGAAGCUAUCAUCCCAGGCACAAACAUAGCUCAAAUUUCUUUUAUCUACUGCUAGACACCCCAGAAAUCCGUUAUAGACACAUAUGUUUCCCCCAAACACGCCAGGACACAGAAAAUGCAACUCAUGGGUCUUCAAGUUGCCCAGGCACUGGAGACACAGGAAUCAGGUUCUUUCCCCUGGCAGCUCCAAGCUUGGUGCGGCAGACUGGAGUAAACAAACACUUUACAAGGUGGAGUUAUCAGUCUUUUGACAGUAUGACGGCAAAAAGUGAGGAAGGUAGGCUAGGAGUAAAGUUGUUGGCAAGAGUGCAGAGCCGUGAACAUAACGGCACAUCCAAAGAAUUGAAUGGGAGUUCAUUUGGGCUGGGGUGUGGGCAGGGGUCAGAUCAUGAUGGCCCUUCAGGCUAAGGAGGUUGCUGGCUAAGGGGGAGGUGUGAGCUUUUUGGAGGGAAGUUUCAUGAUUGCACCAUAAUGAAUAUAUUGCCUGUUUUAAUUCCCAAACCCAAAACACUCCCUGAGUUUAGCCUCAUCCUUCCCAGCUACCAAAUUUCUGGAUCCUUUGUUCCUUCAGUGUUCAGAAAGCACCUGUUUUCCAUGUCAAGGUGCCUGGGGCAGCAAUUGAGCUGAACCUGGGGUCCUCUUCCUGGGGGGCAGGUGAGCUCUCUUUGUGACUCGCCCUAGGUUGGUGCCUCCAUCAAGAAAUGCAUUUCUGUUCCCCAAAAGUUUGGCCCCCUAUCCAUAGCUGUAGCUAUCAGCAUCUCAGGCUUUGUCUCUUCCUUCACUCUUGGGGAGAUGGCAGUGUUCACCUCUGGGACCUGGUCCACCUUUGU